CACCACAACAAGAUCCUCCAUCUCGAUCAACUACAUCCAGCAAAUCCCACGAAGGACCGCUCAAUACACCCACCCGAAUCACAACCGCCGCCAUGUCUUCCGAUCUCUGCCCCGUGUAUGCCCCCUUCUUCGGUGCGAUGGGCUGCACAAGCGCCAUCGUCUUCACUUGCUUCGGCGCCGCAUACGGAACCGCAAAGGCUGGUGUUGGUAUCUCGUCUAUGGGUGUGCUCAGGCCCGACUUGAUCGUCAAGAACAUUAUUCCCGUCAUUAUGGCUGGUAUCAUUGCCAUCUACGGCCUCGUCGUGUCCGUCCUGAUCUCCAACGACCUCCAACAACAGACCUCGCUCUUCACCGGCUUCAUCCAGCUCGGUGCCGGUCUCUCUGUCGGUCUCUCCGGUCUGGCCGCUGGUUUCGCCAUCGGAAUUGUCGGUGAUGCUGGUGUGCGCGGUACUGCCCAGCAGCCGAGAUUGUUCGUCGGAAUGAUUUUGAUCCUCAUUUUCGCCGAAGUGUUGGGUCUCUACGGACUCAUCGUUGCCCUGCUCAUGAACUCGCGCGCAAGCUCCGGCGCUCAGUGCUAGAUCGACGAAUAGGACAAGCGAGAAGUGGCGCAGACAAGGAGUAACGACAACCUACGCGCAAGAGAUGAUCAGAAUAAACAGACAAGCGGGAGAUCAUUGGCUGGCAUGAGAAAAUGGCGGUAGCGGAGUCAGGAUAGAGCUUGUUCGUGG